UUCUGAUUGGGACUUCAUUAUCCUACUAAAUAAUUUAAUAUUUAAGUUAUUUUUGUAUUAUAAAAAUGAUUUUGAUUGAUUUCUCGUUAAUAACAAAGUAAAAAUUAAAAUGACUCUAGUUCACAGAGCAUUGUUCACAUGGUUUAUAUUAUUAGUUUUCCUUAUACUAUUAUGUUUGCGUUUAGAACCGAAAAACCAUUGGAAUUGGUUUAUAGUUUUUAUACCAUUAUGGUUAUUUGAUGCGAUAUUAAUAAUUUAUAUUAUAAUUAAAAUAAUAACUAAAUGGAGAAAUUUAACAAGACUGAAGGAACUUCUUGUAAGCUAUCAACUUUAUAUAGCUGGAGUAUUAUUAAAAAUUGCAUCUCAGGUGAUGAUUUGUCUUAAAUUAGAAUAUACCCAUUUAAAUAUCAGUAUAUUUGAAAUGAUGAUACCAAUUUGGGUUUUAUUGCCAUCAACUAUAAUAUAUGUAUUUGUUAAUUUAAUUCAAAAAUCUGAUAUUUCAUUACAGAUAACUUCUUAAAAAUUAAUUUAAUAUUAAAAUUUUAAGUACGAAUGUAAAUUUUAAAAUACAAACUUUAUGUUUUAAAAGAAA